AUGUCCCAAAGAGCUGGCCUUAGUCCGAUGGUUGUGAAGUCUACCUACAGAGAUGUCCAAGGAAAUUUGCUUGAAGAAAUACAGGGCUUCCUCCACAUCUUCCGCAAUGUCUACCAUGCCCAAGGGAGCAUUAACAUAACAUGUCAAAAUACAUGGGCAACCCUAAAAUGCAAUGGAAGUCAUUUCAUACACGUGAAAUCUGCAACAUUUGGUCGUCAAGAAACUGGAUAUGUAUAUUGCGAUCAUACUUCUUUCGACACUGAUAAUACUAAUUGUGGUGAGCGGGAUAAUGCGCUGAACGUUAUUGCUGACAAAUGCAAUUGUCAAUACGAGUGUUCUCUGUUCACAAGUAUAUCGAGAUUGCUUGGUGGUUAUAAUCCCUGUUACGGUACCUACAAGUACUUGGAAAUUGAUUUCGAAUGCAUUCAAGUAUUAGUAUGUCCUAGUGAUGUGAAUGUGUGUAAUGAUGUCGGUCAUCAUACCGCCAGCGUUACUUGGGAGCCAGCCAAUUUUACUGACUACUGUUGUGCAAAUGGUGUUGCGGAUGCAAACUAUAUCAAUGGAUAUUCCUUUGAAAUUGGUACUGAUGUGGUCGAGUACUCAUCAAGUGACUGUGGCAAUCUCAUGACUACCUGUCAGUUCAAUGUGGUUGUCAGAGAUUGUGACGCCCCUAAUUUGUCUUGCCUGGAUAAUUUGGCUCCACUUGAAGUUGAUGAUAACUGUCAGGCAGAUGCCAUUUGGGAUGAGGUAACGGCAGACGACAACUACGACAGUCUUGUAAAUGUUGACUGUGAUUUGAGCCCCGAUACUUUUCCUUUAGGAAAUUACACUGUGCAGUGCAAUGCUUCAGACUUGGCAGGCAAUACAGGCAAAUGCUCUUUCAAUUUCGCCAUUCUUGAUUUGACUCCUCCAGCAUUGGUAUGCCCAGACGAUAUUACCGUUCCUAAUAAUGUAGGUAAUAAUACAGCAGAAGUGACAUGGAACCUUGCGGUUGCCACUGAUAACUGCUGUGGAGAAAACAUCGAUGUGUUGCCUGAUAUUAUGAAUGGUAGUACUUUUGACACUGGAAUUACUAAUGUUACACUUACAGCAGUAGACUGCAAUGGAAACCGGAAUGAAUGUGUGUUCAGAAUUGAGGUUAAAGACAGUGAACCACCAGAUCUUGAAUGUCCACCAAUCCAAAAUCUAGUAGGUGAUAAUGAUUGUAUGGCAUCGCCCACUUGGACACAACCUACUGUUACGGACAACUCUGGGGAGAUAAUUCUACCAGUAUGUGACUAUAGAAAUGGGAGCACAUUUUCUGAAAUGAACACUACUGUAACAUGUAAUGCUACUGAUAAUUACGGCAACGUUGGGUUCUGUACAUUCAACAUUAUCAUUAUAGCCAUAGAUAUAUGUAUCAAUGUCACAUGCCAGAACGGUGGGUCGUGUAUUCCUAAUCUCGACACAUGUAGAACAUCAUGUACAGGCUACAGGUGUGGAACAA